AUGGAUUUUCUCAUUAUUGUUACAUCUCAAAAAGACAUUCUGUUUUACCAGCUCACUGCUCCAGAAGAUGUUCUAUUUCACCAGCUUAUUGUUCAUCACAACAUAGAAGUCACUCUAGAAAGUAAUAUAGACACCAUUCAUGAAGUAGGAGUUCUCAUCGUAAAAGAUCAAGAAGUUAUUUUUCAAGUCAUUCAUAAAGUAGAAGCCCUAAACGUUAUCGCUCAAAAAGUUCUAGAGAAAAUAAAGCUCAGAAUAAUGAUAAUGCUUGAAUUAUCUAAUUCUCCAGAGACACUUACUUUGCUAAAACUAUCUGUUUCACCAGAGCCCACUAAUGGGUAUAAAAGUAAGAUUUUACAUCAUAUAAACAAAGUUGGUGAAAAUAUUGCACAUGUAAAAAAAGUAAGAAAACAUUGGUAUGAUUUUAAGAAAUGGUCAGACUCUUCGAAACCUCCUGACGAUGCUCUAGAAUAG